CCGUGGAGAUCCUGUGCUGGGGCGUGCGCAACAUGAGGUCGUUCGAGCUGCGCUCCGUGCGCAACCCGGCCAUCGAGUUCGAGUGCGCCGGCAAGGUGGUGACGUCAGAGGUCAUGGGCGACGUCAAGCAGCAUCCCAACUUCGCCGACCCGUUCCUCUUCAUGGAGAUCAUGCUGCCGAAGGAGCCGCUGUACAUGCCGCCGCUGAACAUCAAGGUGCGGGACCACCGCAGCUUCGGCUCGCGGCCCGUGGUGGGCACGCACGUGAUCCGCUCCCUGCACGAGUACAGCAUCGAGCCGCUGAUGAACGUCAAGUCGAAGCCAGUCCGCCGCCAGUCGACCGUGCACCGGCAGUCGACGAUGACGAGGCAGUCGACCGUCAUCGACAUAGAUCCAGCCAUCCCGGAGGGCAGCCCGGCCGGCGGCGGCGGCGACGAGCAGGCGGAGGACCGCGACAAGAACCUGGACUGGUGGAGCAAGUACUACGCGUCGGCCGGCGAGCUCAGGAAGUGCGGCGACUACCUCAAGCGAGGGUACGAGAAGCUGGAGAUCUACCCGGUGGAGCUGGAGCGGGUGGCGUGCUUCGACCACUUCAAGGACAUCCUGAACACGCUGGACAUCCACCGCGGCAAGUCGUGUGAAGACGAGGAGUCGGCCACCGUCGGCGAGUUCAAGGGCACCAUGCGGGUGUACACGCUGCCGGACGAUCCGAGCCUGCCGCUGCCUCCCCGACAGAUCCGUGGCAUCCCGCCGUCAGCAUCUGAGGAGGUCAUCGUCCGCGUAUACUUCAUCAGAUGCUGGGACCUGUCGCCGCAGGAUUCCAACGGAAUGUCGGACCCGUACCUGCGCGUGCAGCUGGGAAAGCAGAAGCAGGACACCAGGGACCAGUACCGGCCCAACACGCUCAACCCCAUCUUCGGCAGCUUCAUGGAGUUCACCUGCAUGCUGCCCAAGGAGAAGGACCUCACCGUGUCUGUCAUGGACUACGACCUGGUCUCGAAGGACGACCUGAUCGGCGAGACCAAGGUCGACCUGGAGAACCGCUACAUGACCAAGUACCGCGCCACGUGCGGCAUACCGCGCGAGUACCACCUGUCGGGCCCGAACCAGUGGCGCGACGCCCAGACGCCGCGCGAGAUUCUGGAAAACGUCUGCGAGACCAACAACCGCUCGCAGCCGCUCUGGCUCUCCAAGACGGAGGUGGUCAUCGGCAACAAACACUACCGGCUCAGCGAGCUGGAAGACCGGUCGGCGGAGCGGCCGCCGACGCUGGGCCCGGACGACGAGAGGCUGGCGCUGCUGGUGCUGCACACGUUCGAGCUGGUGCCCGAGCACGUGGAGACGCGCCGUCUGUUCAACCCGGCCAUGCCCGACCUCGAGCAGGGGAAGCUGGAGAUGCUGGUGGACAUCUUCCCGAAGUUGGCGGGUCCGCCAGGUCCUCCGUUCGACAUCACGCCCCGCGAACCCAGCAAGUACGUGCUGCGGGUGGCGCUCUACAACGUGAUGGACGUGGUGAUGCAGGAGUACUCGGUCGUCUCAGGCAGCAACAUGUCGGACGUGUACGUCAAGUGCUGGAUCCAGGGCGACAAGAACGUGCAGAAGUCGGACGUCCACUACCGCUGCAUGGACGGGGAGGCCAUGUUCAACUGGCGCUUCGUCUUCAACCUGGACUACUUGGAGGCCGAGAGAAUGAUCGUCAUCAAGUCCAAGGAGCACUUUUGGAGCCUGGACGAGCGUGAGGACCACCGGCCGCCCAAGCUGAUGUUCCAGAUCUGGGACAACGACCUCAUCAGCAAGGACGACUACAUCGGUGAGCUGGAGCUGGACCUGAACCGCCUGGUCUGCCCGGCCCGCACGGCCGCGGACUGCACCCUGAAACAGAUCGAGGCCGUCGCCGAGGCCGACGACGCCGCCAACAACAACGCCAUGCAGGCCCUCACCGACAGCCUGCGACGGCGCAAGAAGGACGAGACCUGCCAGGUGCCGAUGGACAUUUGGAGCAAGAAGCGCAUCAUGGGCUUUUGGCCGACGGUCGGCGAGGUGGAGGACAAGCGGGUCUGCACGGGCAAACUCGAGAUGGAGAUAGAGGUGCUGGCGGCAGAGGACGCCGAGCAGAGGCCGGCGGCAGUGGCCAGAGAGGAGCCCAACAUGAACCCGAAGCUGGAGCCGCCCAACCGGCCGGCCACGUCCUUCCUGUGGUUCACCUCGCCCUGGAAGUCGUUCAAGUACAUCGUCUGGAAGCGCUACAAGUGGUACCUGAUCACGCUGCUGGUGGUGCUCCUGCUGGCGCUCUUCCUCAUCCUCUUCCUCUACAACGUCCCGGAGGCCACCAUUGACAAGCUGUUCGGAGUCCGGGGAUAGAGCGGUCGGCGCGUGACGUCACGCCCGGAUGACGUCAUCUCCGCCGGCGGCACGUGACGUCACAGCCGGAUGGCGCACACCCGUCACACCCGAUCGAGGAGAUCAGCCAGUGCUGCCUGCCGCACGCGGUAGCCCGACUCCGACCCAGUCAAAACCCAUCGCACCGUGACCUGCGUCGACCUUGACCUGGCCUUUCUCGGCGACGACACGUGUGUCAGUUGUGACCUGGUCCCGUGGGCCUCCGCCUGGCCUGUGUCGUGCCUGACUGACCUGUGUGAACCUUGACCCGAUCCGUGUCACCGUUGGCCCUCUCGUGUGCCCCGACGCCGUCGAGGUCAGGAGGUGCGACGGCCUGUCCGCCGGCGGCGCUGGGGCACGCGGGAGGGCCGGGGGAGCCCUGCUCUCCCACGAUGGCCACUCCAGCGAGUUAGGGGCGCCGCACGGGUCAACGGCGACGCCCUUCACGACCCUCUCCGUCCCCGGCGAUGAACGCCCCGUCGAGCCCGACGGCGGGCGUCGCUGACCGCGGCGCAAAGGUCAGACCCGGCGGUGACCCGCGGCCACGGCGGUCACGGCGGCUGGCGCGGCCGACCUCGCGCGCCGCCUGGCGAGGAUUGGCGGGAUGGCGCGACGGGGAAUGGCGCCGUCGCGGCGGUGAGAUCAGCGCCGUUGUGGACGCCGUUGUUGGGGACGGCGCAGACGCGGCGUCUCCGACUGUGUCUUCCGGCCUGGCUCGUGCCGUUUACUGGUGGCUAGCCUCGCACCGCGCUGAACUCCGUCAGCUGUUGAUUUUCGGGUAGAAGAGCUUCCGUCGUAUUACGCACUGCUGUUGUUCUGUUUAAUUCGCGCGUCAUCAGAACAGGGUUGUCUUCGCCGCGGGCGGUUUGUUCUGAGUGCGCCACGUCUGUCGCCGUCGCGUUGGCGACGUCAAUGUAGUGUCCGUGUGGCGUGUGUCUUCUGUGCCGCUAUUGCCCGGGUUUCCGCUUCUUCACUGGUGGCAUUGUGAUUCUUGCUUGGCUGCUGCCACGCUGCGAGUCGGCUGACCCGACACUGCACUCGCCAGUCUGUGGCUUCGAAUCUGUCUCCUAAUCCACCCCGAAUGCACCUUUGUCAGAGUGAGCGGGUUUUCGUCUUUCCUGGCUGGGCUUUGGCGUGUCCCGACAUGAGAUCGCGCUCCACAGCCCGCACCAGGCACUCUCCGCAUGGCUUUUGGGGUCUUGGGUAGAUACGAGGCAUGCGAUUGGCUGUAAUCCGCAUGCCCGCGUUGCUAUUGUCGCGAUCUGUCGUCUUCGGUGACGUCAUAGCGCCGCAGGGUGAAACCAGAUUUUGACUGGCCCUGCGCCCUUUUCUGGAACUGUGAUUGGUAGGCGCGUGAGAGGAAUGACGUCAUAAGAUUGCUCCGGCGAGUGAUUGGUCAGGACGUGAGAGGAAUGACGUCAUAAGAUUGCUCCGGCGACUGCUUGUCCGCGAUGUUGAACCUUGUGGGCCUGUCCUCUCUGGGGCGACCUAGGUAUUUGUAGUGUACCGCUUUAUUUAUAUUCCGCCUUGGAAUCUUCGUUGCGUCUUCCAUUUAAUGCGAGCGCGGAUGGGACUCGAAUCGCCGCCAUUGGCAAUAACUCGUGCCUGUUGUGUUUGUGGAUGUAUCUACCCGAGUUGAAUAAUACCUGCAGCAAUAUCGA